UACACUUUCAAUUGUGUAUAUGUAUGUAUGUAUUUGCAUUUACUCCAAUACAUUUCAACCUAUUUGACAGCUUUAGUUCAUUUUAACUGUGGUUGUAUUCAAAUUAGCGGACUUUAUUUUGAAAAGACGUGGGCGGAAGUGACACCGCAACGCGUCUCCCGUGGCUGGUACUUGUUUCUCUCGUCGCGGCCGAGCGGGCGGAGACACACACGGAGCUCCCAGAAUCUCCAGGACUUUUAUUUUGUUUCUGCCGACACGUUUUCUCGCCCGUCCGACAUGCUGCCGCGCUCCCUGCGCGGAGGGACACGAGGCCUGAGAUAAACGCCCAGAAGCUCUGGUGGCGAUCGGCUCUUCUUGGUUGAACCGACGCCACGAUGGAAGCCAGAGGGAAGUACGACUUCACGGCCACGACGGCCGACAAGCUCAGCUUCAAAAAGGGCGACGUGCUGAAGAUCUUAAGCCCUCAAGAGGACUGGUACGAGGCGGAGAUGAGCGGCCAGAAGGGAUUCGUACCGCAGAACUACAUCGAGAUGCAGACGCCCAGGUGGUUCCAGGAGACUUCCAGCCGCAGCGCUGCAGAGGAAGUCCUCCGCUACGAGAGCGUGGGCGUGUUCGUGAUCCGAGGCUCCCAGAGCUCCCCGGGAGACUUCUCCAUCUCCGUCAAGCACGAGAGCGACGUCCAGCACUUCAAGGUGAUGAAGGACAACAAAGGCCAGUACUUCCUGUGGUCGGAGAAGUUCACGUCCCUCAACAAGCUGGUGGACUUCUACAAGUCCACCUCCAUCUCCAAGACCCGGGAGAUCUACCUCAACGACGGCAGCUCGGACAGCAGGAACCCCGCCGCGGUCCAGUCGGUGAAGAGGGGAAGUUUACCUGAACCGCGUAACGCGGCGGCAGCCAUCGCCGCCGCCGGCCGCCGAGCGUCAGACCAGCCUCACAACAUGCUGGCUAAGAAGGUGGGUCUGGAGGAGCGAGCUCACACCAUCGGCCACACGGGAAGAAGCAGCCCCGUCAUGGCGGCUCAUCCGCCGCACCGGGCGUCUGAAACGCUGCCGCCGCCUCAGCAGAGGGCGCCCCCCGCGCAGCAGGCGAAGGCGCUGUACGACUUCCGCGCGGAGGAGGACGACGAGCUGGGCUUCAGCGCCGGCGACGUCAUCGAGCUGCUGGACCGCUCCGACGCGUCGUGGUGGAAAGGGCGUCUGCGGGGGAAGAGCGGCCUGUUCCCCGCCAACUACACCAUGCGGCUGUGAAGAACAAAACAAGACUCCUCUGACCUCCGCAAGGUCGUCACGGGUCGCCCCGAGAACCGAGUCGCUUAGCGUUUGCAGAUUAUAUUCACGUGGGCUCUGCGGGAAGGAGCAGCAGCGGGGACUCGAACCUGCGACAGGUGGCGCCGAGGAAACUUUAAAUGUUUCCGUUAAUUUGCAGAACGACUUCUUCUGUCCCGUUUGCGUAUCGCAGCAACGUUUCUGAUGGAAAAAGUAUCGGUAGAUUUCUCAAGAAGCCUGAACGCUUGACGUGUGCAACUUACUCGCAAUAAAAUCCUUGACGACGACGAGACGCGUGUGAGGUGUGAUUCAUAGAAAGAGAAGAAGAGGCUUAUCCUCCUUUUUGUAUUUAUUAUGUAUGAGGAACCCCGUCGUUUCAUUGUUCAGGGUUUUCUGUACUUGUGGUAUGAGUCUUGUCGAGCUGCAGGUGGGCAGAAAUAAAAUAAAUAAAUAAAACCAGAAGUGAGAGGAAGUUAGCCUUCAAAAUAAAAGCUGCACUGACGCCGUCGUCCAAAUCAGAAGGGAACGAACCUCUGGGUCUGAUAAGUAAAAUCAUUGCUGAAGUGCCUUAAACAUGCAUUCUCUCUACCCACCACCAGGGGGCGAUUAGUCUGGUUGUAUAGAAGUCUAUGUUUCAUGUGUUACGCUGCACUAUCUCAACUGCCCACCAGGGGGCGACUCCUCUGGUUGUAUAGAAGUUUGCUUCAUUUGUUAAAGCUGCACUAUCUCUACUGACCACCAGGGGCCGAGUCCUCUGGUUGUAUAGAAGUUUGCUUCAUGUAUUAAAGCUGCAUUCUCUCUACUGACAACCAGGGGGUAACUCCUCUGGUUGUAUAGAAGUCUACUUCAUGUGUUAGAGCUGCAUUCUCCCUCCUGACCACCAGGGGGCGACUCCUCUGGUUGUAUAGAAGUCUAUGCUUUGUGUGUUAAAGCUGCAUUCUCUCUCCUGACCACCAAGCGAUGACUCCUCUGGUUGUAUAGAAGUCUAUGCUUCAUGUGUUAAAGCUGCAUUCUCUCUCCUGACCACCAGGGGGCGACUCCUCUGGUUGUAUAGAAGUCUAUAUAGUGACUCUACUUCUCUCUUGAUGUAUUCCCUCACUAAACAUUGUAAACAUGA